AUGUCGAACACUAAGAGGACAAAAAUAGAAGCAGCAACCGCUGAAGAUGCCGAGGAAGACCAGGCAGCAGUGGCCGGAGACAAUGAAGAGGUACCGUUAGAAGGCGAUGCAGACGCUCUUGGCGACUUGACCGGUGCCGAGGAGGCUUACGAAUAUGAUGAGGAGGAAAACGAAUUUUUGGCGGCAUUAGCGGAUGUGCAAGACAAACUCAGCGAGGUGAACGACGAGGCCAGCGACAAAGUGCUGCAGAUUGAGCAGGAGUACAACCUGAAGCGGCAGCCAAUUUACAAGGAGCGCAACGAAAUCAUCCGCCAGAUGCCUGACUUCUGGCAUGAAGUGUUCAGGGGACAUGAGGCCAUCCGCCCAGUCAUCACCGCUGAGGACGAGGAAGGCCUGGCACAUCUCCAAGAGGUGUCAGUGGAAGAUGCGCCGGACAUCAAGUCGGGGUUCAAGAUCGUGUUCACCUUCCUGGAGAACCGGUUCUUCCGCAACACGCAGCUGGAGAAGAACAUCAGCUACCUGGAGGACGGCACCUUUGAGAUCAGCAGCGCCGGGCCUCAGUGGCACGCGGGCCAGUCGCUGACGGAGGUGGCGGUGUACGAGGGCGGGAAGCCGACGGGGAGCAAGCGCAAGCGCGGCACGCUGUCCUUCUUCGCCUGGCUGGAGGGGGACGUGGCGCAGGAGACCGAGCUGCAGAUUGCGGAGAUCAUCAAGGAGCAGAUCUGGCCCAACCCCCUCGCCUACUACCACAACCCGGUGGCUCAGAGCGAUGACGUGGCGAUAGAGCUGUUGGAUGACGAUGACGAUGAGGAAGAGUACGAGGGAGAUGAGCCGUACAUAUUCGACGAGCACGGCAACCCCAUCCAGGCAGAGUACGUGGCAGUGGACGGCGAGGAGUAUCAGGAGGGCGAGGGCGCUGAGGAGUACUAUGAGGGAGAAGAGGCAGAGGGAGAGUAUGAGGAGGAAGGCGCCGAAGGCGCAGAGGAACAUGCAGAAGUGCCGAGCACCCCACCCGAGCAGACUGCACCUGCAGCAGCACCCACUUGAAGGCAUUUUGGCCGGGCAGCCUUCCACUGCUUUAAUCUGCACACAAUCUUUCUGCCGCGGCUGCACUCCUGCCUCAGCCAAGCUCCACGCUUGCAGGAAUAAGCCCAAGAUGUGAAUUUUAGUUGCACCGGCCACUGCAAGCACUACACAUGUUUGGGGAUUGAGGCUGAGGUGCCACAUCCUGACAGUGGCAAAGGGUCAUACUAAGCAGGCUGGAUUCUGGCAUAAAUGGCAGCACAGCAGAGACACAGGUUGGUGAGAAGGAACCCACGGGCUGAACAAAUGGGGGUCCAAAGGUGCAGAGAUUGGGAACCACUGAAUGCCACGGCUGUCCCUCGGAAAAUAUGCAUGGAAAGGGAUUCGGUGGUUGAAUGAUGGGCCUGAAUUAUGCGGCUGAGUUUUCAGGAGCUGGUCAAGCUUUCCUAGCCCUCUAGAUGUUUGCCUUGGACAGGCAGUCUGUGCUAUCAGCAUGAUAUCUGAUCCGGCCAAGCCCAACUAUAUGUGGCUGCUGCAAUGGGCAGUCUGAGGAGCGCGGUGAUCUGCUUUUUUUGUGCAUCUGAGUACAGGUUUGAUAUCCUCCACCAUUUUUAGGUGCAAUCACCAGCGUUUAUGAAUAAGUGUCACAUAUAGAGGGACGCAGGGAGGUGGGUAGACUAUAUAUGGGUUCAGCUCUGCGGGGAGGCACGCAUUUCCCCAUAUACUUACCAACAUUUUUGCACAAUCAGAUACCUCUUAACACUAUGUGUGCAGACCGGGGGCGCUGGUUGGCUCUCCAUCACAGGUAAGCUCUUCCUUCUGGGCAUUCUCUUCAAAUCUGUGUUGUUAUGUAUGUCUCACUGAACUGUGUCCAUUAUGUUCAAUGGUGCUGCCAUGACCUCAUCUCCCCGCAGAGCAGCCCCAAACCCUGGUGAGUUGUGCUUAGUAGGGAUCAGGUCAGGAGUACUGAUUUUGAUGGUUCUUAGAGAUGUUGAAAGCUUGUAAAUGGUUGACCGUUC